CCGCCUCUCCUCGGCUUACCUACCGCCGCCUCUCCUCGGCUACCUACCGCCGCCUCUCCUCGGCUACUACCGCCGUCCCUCCUCGGCUACCUACCGCCUGGCCUCUCCUGCGCUACCUACGCCGUCUCUCCUCGCCACCUACCGCGCCUCUCCUCGGCUACCUACCGCCGCCUUCCUCGCUACCUACCGCCGCCUCCCUCGGCUACCUACCGCCGCCUCUCUCUCGGCUACCUCCGGCUCGGCCCGCCUCUCCCGGCUACCUACCGCCGCCUUCCUCGCUACCUACCGCAAACGUUACGCCUCUCCUCAGGCUACUACCGCCGCUCUCCUCCGGCUACUACCGCCGCCUCUCCUCGGCUACCUACCGCCGCCUCUCCUCAGGCUACUAUCCGCCUCUCUCCUCCGCUACUCUAACCGCGCCUCUCCUCGGCCUACCUACGCCGCCUCUCUCGGCUACUACCCUACCUAGCCCGCCGUCUCCUCCUCGGCUACCUACCGCUACCUACGCCGUCCUCCUCGGCUACUCCUCCGCCUCUUCCUCGGCUACCACGCCGCCUCUUCCCGCUACCUACCGCCGCCCUCUCUCGGCUUCCUACCCUACGUCCUGCUGCCUCCUCCUGGCUACCUCUACCGCCCGCCUCUCCUCGGGCUACCUACCGUACCUACCGCCGUCUCUCCUCGGUACCUACCGCCCGCUCUCCUCGGUACCUACCGGCUCUCUCGGCUACCUACCGCCGCCUCUCCUUGGCUACCUACCGCCGCCUCUUCCUCGGCUACCUACCGCCGCCUCUCCUCGCCCUCUCCCUCGCUCCUACCGGCCUCUCCUCGUCUCCUGGCUACUCUCCGCUACCUACCGCCGCCCCUCGGCUACCCUACCGCCUGCCCCUCGGCUACUACGCUACCUACCGCCGUCUCUCCUCGGCUACCUACCGCCGCCUCUCCUCGUUACCUACCGCCCGCCUCUCCUCGGCUACCUAGCCGCCGCCUCUCCUUGGCUACCUACCGCCGCUCUCUCGGCUACCUACCAGCCGCCUCUUCCUCGCCUCUCCUCGGCUUACCUACCGCCGCUCUCCUCGCCUCUCCUCGGCUACUACCGCUACCUACCGCCGCCCUUCCUCGGCUACCUACCGCCGCCUCUCCUCGCUAACCUACCGCCGCCUUUCUCGGCACCUAGCCGCCUCUCCCGGCUACCUACCGCUACCUACCGCCUCUCUCUCAGCUACCUACCGCCGCUCUCCUCGGCUACUACCGCCGCUCUCCUCGGCUCCUACCUACCGCUACCUACCUCGCCGCCUCUCCUAGCUACCUACCGCCGUCUCUCCUCGGCUACCUACCCUGCCCGCUCUACUCCUCGGGCACUACCGCCGCCUCUCCUCGGCUACCUACCGCCGCCUCUCUCCUCGGCUACCUACCGCCACCUACCGCCCGCUCUCCUCGGCUACCUACCGCGCGCCUCUCCUCGGCUAUCUACCGCCGCCUCCUCGGCUACCUACCACCUACCUACCGCCGGCCUUCUCCUCGGCUACCUACCGCCGCCUCCUCGGUCUACCUACCGCCGCCCUCCUCGGCUACCUACCGCCGCCUCUCCUCGGCUACCUACCGCCGCCUCUCCUCGGCUACCUACCGCCGCCUCCUCGGCUACCUACCGGCCGCCCUCCUCGGCUACCUACCGCCGCCUCCUCCUCGGCUACCUACCGCGCCUCUCCUCGCGCCUGGCUACCUACCGCCGCCUUCUCCUCGGUACUACCGCCGUCUCUCCUCAGCCUACCUACGCCGCCUCUCCUCAGCUACCACUACCGCCGCCUCUCCUCGGGCUACCUACGCCGCCCCUCCUCGGCUACCUACGCCGCUCUCCUCGGCUACCUACCGCCGCCCCUCCUCAGCUACUUCCGCC